CAGGAAGUAGUUACACCAGCGGCCGGAAGUUCUGCAAGAAGACAGGAACAACAAAGAGGAGAAGGUACCCCGGUUUUAAACCUACUCGAGAACACAAAAUCGAAGAUAUUAUCUACUAUUCAUUGUAGGCUGAAAGAGUUCGGUUUGCAUGUGAGGACAAGCGCCAGCCGAGCCAACCAUGGCGCAAAAUGCAGAAGAUGUCGAGAACAGCAUGAACCAACCGGAGGACAGUACAGCCCCAGAACCUGCCCCACAACAACAGGAGGCGGUGGUAAUCAGAGCGCGGUCCCGGGGCGGCUCAGGAGGUGAUGGCGGAGGAGGAGGUGGAGGAGGCGGCGGUGGCGGCGGCGGGAACGGCGGAGUCAACCGUAGUGGCCCGGAGCAGAACGGACAGCCCCCCGCGCCUCGCCCGGCGGUCGUGGUGACGUCCGAGGAGGACGACGACGAGGAGCUGACCUUGAAAUACGGGGCCAAGCACGUCAUCAUGCUGUUUGUCCCCGUGACGCUCUGCAUGGUGGUUGUCGUGGCGACCAUAAAGUCCGUCACUUACUACACCCAGAACGACGGCCAGAGACUGAUCUACACGCCGUUCCCCGAAGACACGGACACGGUAGGACAGAGAGCAGUCCACUCCAUCCUGAACGCCACCAUCAUGAUCACCGUGAUCAUCGUCAUGACCUUGGUGCUGGUGCUGCUCUACAAGUACCGCUGCUACAAGGUCAUCCAAGGCUGGCUCUUCCUGUCCUCCCUCCUCCUGCUCUUCUUCUUCUCCUACAUCUACCUCCAAGAGGUUUUGAAGACCUACAACGUGGCCAUGGACUACUUCACCCUGGCGAUAAUAGUGUGGAACUUCGGCGUGGUGGGCAUGAUGUGUAUUCACUGGAAGGGACCUCUGCGGCUCCAGCAGGCCUACCUCAUCAUGAUCAGCGCCCUCAUGGCCCUGGUUUUCAUCAAGUACCUGCCAGAGUGGACUGCCUGGCUCAUAUUAGCCGUCAUUUCGGUCUACGAUCUGCUGGCGGUGCUCUGUCCCAAAGGGCCUCUGAGGAUCCUGGUGGAGACGGCUCAGGAGAGGAACGAGCCCAUCUUUCCCGCUCUCAUCUACUCCUCUACAAUGGUGUGGCUGGUCAACAUGGCAGACACCGACAGGCCCAAGAGGAACUCGACGGAAGGAGCUUCGCCUCAGCAGGAAGCUCAAGAAGCAGCAGCAGCGGUGGCGUCUCCGGACCCCUCCAGCCCGUCACAGGACGACGGAGGCUUCACCCCCUCCUGGGUCAACCAGCAGGAGCACCGGCUCGGGCCCCUCCAGUCCACGGAGGACACCAGGCGGGAGAUCCAGCAGAUGCCGUCGGCCCGUCCUCCCGUUGAAGACGAGGACGACGAGGAGAGGGGCGUCAAGCUCGGCCUCGGAGACUUCAUCUUCUACAGCAUGCUGGUGGGGAAGGCCUCGGCCGCAGCCAGCGGCGACUGGAACACUACGCUCGCCUGCUUCGUCGCCAUCCUCAUCGGCCUGUGUCUGACCCUGCUCCUCCUCGCCAUCUUCAAGAAGGCUCUGCCCGCUCUGCCCAUCUCCAUUUUCUUCGGCCUGGUCUUCUACUUUGCCACAGACAACCUGGUGCGCCCCUUCAUGGACGAGCUCGCGCUGCACCAGUUCUACAUUUAACAGGAGGCCGCCCUGAUGACCCUCGUCCCGCAAAGCUCUCCAGCCAACAACGCGAGAGCCGUCCCUUCACAGCCGGGGGGUGGGAAGGGGGAAACCAAAGGGAUCAACGUGGCCUCACGUCCCCUCCGAAGAACUCACGAUGCUGGGACAUAAGUUGUUGUUUUAUUUUUCGCUCUGACUUUACUUUCUGGCGCCAAGGGAGGCUCUUUCCCCACUCGACGGCUUUUCUGAAACAUUUUUUAUUUCCGUGUCAAAACCAGGAAAUGACAUUUCACAACCGCCGUUUUUUUGAGGCGCAGUCCAAACCUAGUGGGAAUAUUUUACCUUUAUUUAUGCAGGGAAGCUUCACGAGAGCUCCCAUUACUUUCUUUUUGUUUUGUUUUUUUCCUUCUUCUUCUUCUUCUUCUUCUUCUUUUCCCAGCAGCGCCACAUUCAUAUCUGGGGACAUUCUUCACAGCAGGUGCCUUCCUCAGGGACACCUUUGGCGGUAGCUGUCGAACGAGCAGAGGCGGUUUCAUUGAAUCUCCUUUCUAAAAGACUACGCCCUCAACCUUCAACCCUCCCUGUCACGAGCCCAUUUUGCAUUACGAGCCACCUCCACAAACACCCACCCCCCCAAAAAAAAAAAAAUAGCCUUCAACCAAGUCAUGGACUUGCAUUUGAUGAUGAUGAUGAUGAUGAUGAUAGUAGAUAGAAAUCGUGAUUAUGUAUGAGAUGUAAGUCACCAGAGCGUGCUUUGUCCUCACUGCUGUUAAGAAUAAAAAACGUUUCUCUUUAGACACUCGAAGCUCGGAACACGGAUCGGUUCAGUGUUUCCCGCCCUCGCCGUUUUUUUUUUCCCACGUUUAAUAUCGCGGCUUCUUUGAAGAGGGCGACGGACCCGGUCGGCCACCGAGCAGCUCAGUCGGAGGUUCAGUGCCUUGCAUCACGGGGCAUUUCAGUAGUUGUUGUUCUUGUUCUUGUCAGUGUGCGGGACAGAAAUGUGCUUUUAAUUCUCUUCCCUGACUGAAAUUUAGUUUUUGGGUUUUUUUUUUUGUUUUUCCUCUUUUAACCGUGUCCAUGGAUUGUAAAGCUGUGAUCACCUGGUCACACACUCUGAACCUUUAGGCUAUAGCUGCCCUCAUGACGCUCGCCUGGUGCUGUUUGGAACUAUGCUACAUCAACACACUGAAAUGAUUUCAGAUGUACACAGAUACCAGUGUGUAUGUUUUUUUCCAAGAUAUGCACAAGAGACACUUUGUAAUUUUUUUUUUUUAUUAUUAUUAUCAUUAUUAUCAGUGGUAUUAUUUUCCAAACUAGGCGUGGACUUCUAAAAAUCUCAAAUCUGGGACUGAGACUUUUGUGCGACUCAAAACGACAAAUGAGGGACUAGAUGUGAAUUUGUGGAGCAUAUCUGAAAAAAAAUAAUAAUAAUCGAGCAUCAUUUUAAUCAUGAUAGAAACAAAAAAGCUAAAAGUUUAUGAGAUGCACUGACGGCUCUUAAGUUGUUGCCCUCGAGUUUCAACCUUUGCAAGAAAAAAAAAGAAUCCAAGAUAGAACAAUUUUGUGGUAUUUGUUCAUUUUUUCUUUUCCUGAUUAGUUUUUACGGGAAUAUUUUGGGUGACUGAUUUUAUUUUUUUUCUGUCCUUCACAUGCGUGUUAUGCAAGGUUAUUCUGAUUCAGAUUUUGUUCCUUUUUUUUUUAAUAAACAACGAAACUGAAAA